AUGUUCCGCGCUCGGCCAAACGUCCGUCCGACUGAAGUCUCGGCCAAAGUCCAAACCACCGGCCGAUCACGCAUCACGACCCGGGAAACAAGUCCCGCGGUCGGCCAAGCAACGCACGCCACGCCGCGCACGACCAAAGCGCGCGAGCCGGGAAACAAGCCUCGCGGCCGCGCAACCGUUCGCGUACCACGGCCGAUGCAUCCGUCCGAGCCGGGAAGAACGUCCCACGUCCGGCCGAGAAUCGGCCAAAUCUCAUCCGCUCGACCACGCCGGCCGACCGUGAAUCCAUCCGGCCCCGACCGUUCCGACUCGGCCACAACCCGAUUGUCCGGCCGAUCGUCCCGCACGACCGUCCCAACGCCGCGGUCGACCCGAAGCCCUUUUUGA